AUGCACCCGUUUUUCUCUCGCUUCUUGCGCCCGGUUUUCUCCUGCUUUUCUCCCGUUUUUUCGCGCAAACUUGAUGGAACCGCUUCACAUGAAUUAUUCUUAGAUUUUUGGAACGCGCCCUUUUUUCUCCCGUUUCUUACGGCAGUGCCCAUUUUACUCUUCUUCUUCUCUCUUUUUUUGCGCCCGCUUUUCUCCCCUUUCUUGCGCCCGUUUCAUAUGCCCGUUGUUCUCCAGAAGGAGAGUAGUUAAUCUCUUGGAAAAUUUGGAAAUUUUGACGGAAUAGGAAAAAUAUUUUCUCAGCUCUACUGCCAAUGUCUCUGCCUCCUGUCCAAACUCUUCAUGGACCAUAAAACUUUGUAUUUCGACGUCGACGAUUUCAUGUUCUACGUCCUUUGCGAGGUUUUUGACUUGAGAAAAAAAAUAAUAAAAUAAAUCCCCCAACAGGUGAACGACGCUGGAGCGCACAUUGUCGGAUAUUUCUCAAAAGAGAUCGAUUCGGUCAACAAUUUGGCCUGUAUCAUGGUCUUCCCGCCCUUUCAGAACGUCGGCUACGGGAAAUUCCUCAUUCGAUUGAGUUGGUUUUUUUUUUUGGAAAAUGCGACGUUUUUGGGCUAUUAUUUUCGUGAAAAUUCCUCGUGACAAUAUAAUUUUUUUUGUGAAAGUUGGAAAUUUAUCACUUCAAUGGAUUAGAAUUCAUUGUUAGAAUAAAAUUCCAAGAGGAAAAUGUCGGAUUUUUAUAGUUUUAUUGUUUUCUAAGGAUUUUUCAAAGGGUAAGGUGUAAUUUCAGCUUUGUAGUUUUGAAAAACGGCCCCAAUUUAAUGAAUUUUUGAGGAGGAUCGGUAGUUUUUUUUAUCAAAGGUUUUUCGUUGAAUAUGAAGUAGGAAAAAGGCUAUUUUUUUUUUUAUUUUUUUGAGGGUAUUUUCAUAAUUUUUGUAGAUUUUUGUCGAAUUUGUAGUCCCUAAUAGUAUCAAUUGAAACUGAAAUAUAGAUUUCUGAGAUGAAAAAUUAUCGAAUUUAGGGGGGUUAAAUAAUAUUGAUCUCAUGGAAAAAUUUUUCAUUUUUUUCAGCUUUUUUUGAAAAAUUCGUAUCGAUUUUUAAGAAAAAAAGUUCAUUUUUCAGCUUCAGUCGUAUAAGAAAUUUUUUUGAGAAAGGACUUUAAUAGAAGAGAUUUAUUUCUAGCUAGAGAAUGUUUUUUUAAAAAAAUUCAACGGGGGGCGUAAAAAAACGUUACCUGGUAAGCCUCUCAAAUAAUAUCGAUUUAAGGUAAAAAAAUCAUUUUUUUCAACUUUUUUUCGGUUUUUUUAAAGUCAUUCGUGUGAUAACUUUGUGAGAAUUUUUUUCCUUUGGAAGGAAAAAUUGAUCAAAAAAAUCGUAUUGUCAGAAUAAAAUUAAAAUGAUAUCGAUUUUUUUAGAAAAAGUCCAUUUUUUUCAGCUUCAAUUGUAUAGGAAAUUUGUUAGGUGGAUUUACCGUUCAUAGGAAACCUGGCGUUUGUUGGACCGACCUCUUCCGCCAAUAAAAAUUUUUACAUAAGAUUUUCUGAUAGCAACAAUGUCCUGAGUUUUACUUUGAAAGUUUGAAGCUGAUUGUCCUUACUGGUAUUGGUUCAUUCCGUGCUAAUAGAAAAAAAAUGAAACUUCUUGUUCAUGCAAAUCGAAGACUUUUUUGAAAAUUCUUUUUUGCUCUCACCAUUUCUUUUCUCGGUCAACACAAUGUUAACCUCACGCGAAACUAGCGUUAACUUGGUUAUAGACUGUUUUACCAUACAUUGGAAACAUGAAACUAAUGAAAGUUAAUGGACCUCCAAACGAGCAAAGUUUUGCUUUUUUUUCUGUUUUGGAAAACGGUUCCGGAAAAGAAAACAGGCUUUUUCCAGAUGGUCAAAAAGUAUUUGAAAGAGGUCGGUCCAACAAACGCCAGGUUUCCUAUGAACAGUGAAUCCACCUAAUUCAAAGAUAUUUUUCGUACCGCAGAAGCAUUUUUUCCUCUCUAACUUUUCAGUUAUCGUUCAAAACAACAUCAUUUGAAAAUUUAAUGCCCAAACUCCGGUAUAAAUUCUUUGAUAUUUCGAGAAAAAGACCAUUUUUUUCUGAAAUUUUCGAUUUUUUUCGCUUUUCGCAUGGUUUGUAAAUAAAAUUGCUUGAUUCAAAGUUACUUAAAAUGCUGUGGCCUCCUACUAAUUUAGGUGUUUAUUCAAAAUUGAAAAAAAAGGCGAAAGUGCCAACAAAAAGUUAAAAAUGAGCCCUGACCCAGGGUUCGUCUAUAAUUAUGACCCGGUCAAAAAACUGUUUUUGACGGAUUUCGAAAAAUUUUUGUACUGAGUCUUCUGUAGUUUUUUUUGCGAGGUUAGUCAUUUCAGCAGAGGUUCAUCAUAAAAUAGGUUUGAUUGCAGGAAGUUCAACAUAUCUAUUGAAAACUGCAAAAAUGGGGGUGCGUCUAUAACUAUGACGCGCAGUGUACACAUUGAAAACCUUUGAAAACUUGCGAGAACCUAGGAGAAACAUCAUUUGAUGGUCUUUUUCCAACCACUAAAUCCACAAAACUUGACUCUCAUCCCCGCGCCCCUAUAGCAAUAAACCGUGCCGCUGUUGCAGUCAGCCACGCCUACUGACCACAGCUGCCGCCCGUUUGGCAACACUGUGAGUGGAAACAAAGUGCCGAUUGCCGGUCUUGCAGAAAAUUUCGAUUGCCGCACAGCGCUGAUCCGGAUCAGAAGAACAUGUAUGCUAGUGAUUCAAAACUACAUUUUAAAUGCCUUUUUUUGAAGUCUCAUCGCACAAGGCUUUGUUAAAGCAGUCAACGUUCGAGUAAGCCCAUCGAUUGCCUGUCCGAAUGAUCAUCCAUCGUUCGGGAUUCAACGAUGAUGAGUAAUUGGACAGAGUGAGUCCUUCAGUAUGAAACACAGAGGAACAUUUGAAGUACUCUAGGUAUCUCAAAACAUCUCCUUUCCUUGUCUCCUCAGUUUUUCCUUAGGCCUACAGAUAUCAGUUUACGAGUUUUUAUUUUAUCUCCAAACAAAAGCUGCUGGAUCGUCUUCUAUCUUAUAUUAAGGCGUCUUUUCUGGCCGCGAUCGCCAGAGCUCUCAAGAACGAAAACGACAUGACGUUUUACAACUACCGAAUGAAUUACUGCCCGGAGUUUUUUUUCCUGUCGUGGUCGCCAAGAAAUGCGGAUAUGUGCGUUUUUGAAAAUUCCCAAUUUUCAUCUAUAUUUUGCAGGCUCACGAUAAACCACAACCGCGAGGAACUGCGUAGCGGAACUUUUGGCUCGGCUCGGGAGUUCUUUCCCGAAGCCGAGUUCAGCUCCUUCUUCAUAACGACAGAGAUGAAAGACGGGGUUCGUUUUUUUUUUGUUCAUCUGAUUCAAAUAGUCAUGUCAAUGACUUUUCCAGGAAGAGGUAACUCCCGACUUCUUCCUCGUACGCAAACACCGGGAUAUGGUCACGGAAGACGAGGAGCUUUCCCUGUGCGCCAAGAAAUGCGGAUAUGUGCGUUUUUGAAAAUUCCCAAUUUUCAUCUAUAUUUUGCAGGCUCACGAUAAACCACAACCGCGAGAAACUGCGUAGCGGAACUUUUGGCUGGGCUCGGGAGUUCUUUCCUGGAGCCGCACAUGGCUCUUUCUUCCUAACGACAGAGAUGAAAGACGGGGUUCGUUUUUUUUUUGUUCAUCUGAUUCAAAUAGUCAUGUCAAUGACUUUUCCAGGAAGAGGUAACUCCCGACUUCUUCCUCGUACGCAAACACCGGGAUAUGGUCACGGAAGACGAGGAGAGGCGGAUCGGAAUGCUCGCAUUCCUACUGUCUUUUGACCAAACGACAGCUAGACCCUCGUCCGGUCUCAAUGUGGCCAGAGCAGCAAGGAAGCUAUCAAGAAUCUCAGGCGAGACGCUUUUCAGCGUGGUGUGA